AUGGAAGGAGCUGGCGAUAGAUUCACAUCUACCCCAACCACCACCACCCGCCUCCACAUCACCCCUUUAGACCCUGAUUUGCUCAAGGUCAUCAUCCCAGCCAAAGUCAUCCCCGUCGCUGCCAACAUCUCAUACCAUACCCUUGAGACCUUCCCCGAAAAGCGUUACGGCUUUGUCGACCUGCCGACUGAGGAGGCCGAUCGCAUCAAGAAGAAGCUCAACGGCGCCGUUCUGAAGGGCGUCAAGAUCAGGAUCGAGAAGGCGAGGCAAAGCAAAGAGGAUCUCAUCAUGGCACGGCGCAAGGAGGAGGAGGAGGAGGAGCAGCGGUCUGGCGACAAGGAAAAGAAGGUCAAGAAGGAGAAGGUACACAAGGAGAAAAAGGAUCGCAGCAAGAAGCGCAAGAGGGAUGAUGAGGAGAUCGUUGGUGUCGAGCUUGAGGAGGGCCGCAAGGUUAAACGCGGUUGGACCGUUUCGCCUAAGGAAGCACGCGAGGCCAAGUCUAAAGACAAGAGCAAGAAGAAGGAUAAGGACAAGGACAAGGCCAAAGACAAGAAAAAGCGCAGAGAGCAAAAGUCUGUCUACACAGAGGGCCCCGAGUGUCUGAUUAGGACGGUGCUGCCAGCAGCAGCUUCUACUGAACAGGAUGGCUCGGUCAAGAAGCGGAAGAAGAAGGACAAGACUGUCGUGAUCCACGAGUUCAAGAAGACAAAGACUUUCCCGACAUUCUUGAAGAGUUCCACAUCGUCAAAGUCUGUUCCGACAGAGUACGUGGAGGGCACUGGCUGGGUCGAUCAGGACGGUAAUGUUGUAGAGGCAGUGCGAUCGACACGGUCUACAGCAAAACCGCGGAAUGAAAAGUCGUUAUCGGCAGAUACGUCGUCGGCAGCGGAGGGCGAUGCACAAGCUGAACGCAAGCCGACGCCAGCAGAGCCAGAUGCUGAAGAUACCACCAGUUCCAGUGGCAGUGACACAUCUUCCGACGAGGCUUCCGACGAGGAAAGCGAGGAGGAGGAAGCCUCGAACGAGAUGCCACCACCGAAGAAACCUCGACCGGACUCCAUAUCUAUCCCGGAAACGCCUUCACCUAGAAAGGAUGAAGCCUUGAGUGCAGUCCCCAAAACACAAUCGCCCAGACCCAAGUCUGCAAGCUCCGUCAUGAGCCUGACAAUCAAGAUACCAUCCGCUACACCAGUCACCCCUGGCAAAGCCUCGGUUCACCCACUGGAAGCACUGUACAAGCGUCCGAAGCCUGACGACAAGGAGGCUGCGGCUGUUUCUGAGGAGAAGGCUGGAUUCACCUUUUUUGGCGGCGAAGACUUUGAUGACCAGGAUAUGGAGGACGAAGGCAACAACGGCAGCCUACAACCACCCAUGACCCCCUUUACGCGCCAGGAUUGGGAGCACCGCAAUAUCCGCAGCGCGGCACCGACGCCGGAUACAGCGCAUCACAACCGCAGCUUCAAAUUCUGGCCGCCGCCUGGCGAGGAGUAUGAUAUUGCCGAAGAUGAAGAGGAGGAUGGAGACGACGACGAAGCCGAUGAUAACAACGCCUCUACAUCUGAAGCGGCCACGGCAAGCGGCGAGAAGGCGCCAACUUCGGACUUCCAGAAAUGGUUCUGGGAGAACCGCGGCGAUCUAAAUCGCUCCUGGAAGAAGAGAAGAAAGCUUGCGGGUAAGGAGAAGAGGUAUAGGGAAAAUCGGUCACGGGCAAGCAGGGCCAUCUAA